UGAAUUAUAGCAUCACUGUCAGCAUGUAUCUCCUUGUUCUACUGUUGGGGACUAUCCUUACGCUUUUUGUACGACGGGCACAUCACUGGCUAUUCAAAGGUAAGAAAGAAGGUCGGAAAGUGUCCGAGAUAACUUGCGAAGAUGAAUCCUAUGAGGUUUUCCACCACUUUCACCAACAACAUGAGGAGGUCGCUUUCCUGUCAAUGUGGGACAUGGGCGGGGACCUGGCCUUCCAGGCGACUAACGCUGUGUUUGUCAGCGCUCACGGAGUCUACAUAAUCACAUUCAGGGCCAUAGACUACUUCACAGACGAUCUACAGAUUGAAAGACUGAAAAACUGGGUUCGAAACAUCGGCGCAUACUCCUCUCGUGUGUACAAUCCGAGUAAACUCAGGACACAUCACCCACCAAUCAUAAUAGUCGGUACACACAUGGAUCAGGUCAACGCCAAAUUUACGAAUGAGACUGCUGAUGAGAAGGAUAAUCGACUGCAGAAGAUGCGAUUAAACAUAUGCAGCAUCACUGAACUUACAAAUGCAAAGAAAGAGGAAGGGUUUGUCUUCCUCCGAUUCUGCACUGUUGAUAAUUCCAUAAACGACGAUCCGGCUUUUGAGAAGAUAAGAGAGUACAUCCUGGAAGCAGCAGUUUACCAGGACCAGUGGGAAAGAGAACUGCCAGGCUCAUGGCUUGCUCUAGAGAGGGAGAUUCUAAAACAACGAGAAUGGAAACACGUUAUGACAAUUCAAGAGAUCAAAGAAUUGGAUGACCAAUGUGAAUAUCCCAUUGGUGAUGAAGAAAACAUCAAGAUGUUUCUGGAGUACCUCCACUCCACCAGAUCUGUGUUGUACUUUCGCCAGUACGGAAAAGUGAUAAUUAAUCCUCAGUGGGUCAUCAACGCCUUCAGAGAAAUCCUAACAGAUGAGAAGUUCCUGGAUCCUAAUGACCUCCUCCUCACGGCUGACUUAAACAAAUACUCACAAAGCGCUAUCCUGACAGUGGAUCUCGCAAAGACCCUGUGGAAGUCGAAAAAGGAUGGUUCGUACAUUCAGCAUGUCGACAUUCUCUUCGCUUUCUUGGAAGAGUUCGGUCUCCUGGUCAAGGCCUGUCUUGGUCAGGACCAACAGGGAAACCCGAUAUACGAUGAUGACUACACCGUCCCCAGCAAACUCCAAAAUAUUCCAGACAUGAAUCAAAUCUCAGAUCUUCUCAAUGCCAAAGGGACAGUUUGUUCUCAAACGCUGUGCUUCGUAUUUCAGGAUGUCUUUACUCCUCAAGAAUUGUUCGAACGCAUAUACGCAGGAGUCAUCAAGGUAUUCCGACCAGCGGAGGAAGACUCUGGAAGAAGGCCCCACGACGCAUGUCGCUCAAAGCAGAUCUAUAAAGGACUCGGCUGCUUCAAGAUAGACGACCUCUGUAACAUGGUCGUUCGGACUCAGUGGGAACAGUCUGUGAUAGCGGUCACGUUGUUUACGACUUCGGAGCCUCGGAUACCAGAUGACACCGGAUUGAAAGUUAGACAGACUCUGGAGACAAUUAUACGACACACUCUAGAGGUGAGCCGCCAGGAGCACCUGAGGUACGGACACCAGCUCCACUGUAGAUUUUACCUGAAGCAAUCAGACAGUCCACGAGAGGGAGACGGAAUAGUCAGGGCAGUGAGAGGUCUGUCCUGUCAGGGCGUGGACUGUUCUGGGGCCCACGUCCUCACAAAACGUGACUGGCACGUUUGGUUUCCUGUAACCGUCACGCAAGCCGCGAACAAUGGGAACGCAGUUAGAGAGUAUGACUCUGAGUUGCUGACGGACAAAGGUCUACAAGAAAACAUUGCUGCCAAGCUUGGAGCUGGCUGGGAACGUGUAAUGACGUGUCUGGAUAUUCCUAGUUACACAGUUGAACGGAUUAAGAUGGAUAAUCCGCAUAGCACUGUUACCCAGAUAACCAAGGCCUUGAUCCAUUGGCGUGACACCUCCGCGGACAUUUCGGAGGAGAAAAUGUUAAGAGCAUUGUCAGAAGCUUUUGGAGAGUAUUGGGCUGUCAGAAACAUCAUAGAUAAGCAGCUCGAGCUAUUUGUCAGUUAAGAAGUGAAAAAAGAGACUCCUUCGAGGAAAACCACCGCGUUUGAGGAACAUAACAACAAGAUGAGGUUAAUACAUAGGACUAUACUUGCUUGCCAGUUGUGUUUAAGUGUAUAAGGAAACUACUUUAUAUAAACGUGCCAACAGGUACAUGUGUUUCCUGUCAAAUUGUUUAGAGUGGAUGAUAUCAUAUCGAAGAAUUGCAAAAAAGACAGAAAAGAUAUCAACGCCUUUCAGUACAAAUUUAUAGUUAGACACAACAGAGCCGAAAAAGAAAUAAACUGUAUCCUACAGCAGUGUCGACCCUCUAUGUCUCGUCAGUGAAGUUAGGGACUUACUAAAGCUGUUUCAUUCCUCUCGGACUCGCCCGUGAUGUUAGGGUCAUGCUUCAGCAGUGUCGUCCUUCUAUGUCUCGUCAGUGAUGUUAGGGACAACAUACAGCUGUUUUAUUCCUUAUGUACUGCUCUACCCGGCACUAAUUGAUAUGAAAACAAAUAAUUCAUCUGCGCGAUGAAAUUCAAUAUGAUCUUAUGAGUAAAAUAUGUAAAUAUG